GUGGAAAUGUAUCGUUUUACCACAGAUGCUCCAUUGGUGGAAGUAUUAAACAGCAGCGAUACGGUCUAGGCCAUGGGGGGAGCUGAUGCCAUGGUCUGAAACGUGAGACUGAGAGAGCGAGUGAGGUGCCCACUCAACGCUCCUCCAACAGUGGUGUGUGAGAGGACAGCAGCCAUGCCACCCCACUCUGACAUCGUCAAGGUGGCCAUCGAGUGGCCCGGCGCCAACGCCCAGCUCAUCGAGAUUGACCAGAAGAAGCCUCUGUCCUCUAUCAUACGGGAGGUGUGUGAUGGCUGGUCUCUGUCUGGCUCUGAGCAGUUUUCCCUGCGUUAUGCUGACGGUCCUCAGCUCUACAUCACUGAACAGAGCCGUAGUGAAAUGAAGAAUGGGACCAUCCUUCGAUUAGCCAUAUCUCCUGCCCGUGCAGCGCGGCAGCUCCUGGACAGGAUCCAGUCUCACGGCAUAGACGCCCGCCUGGAGGCCCUGAAGGAGCUGGCCAAGCUGUCAGCUGACCCCACCUUCGCCACUGAGUUCAUCAACAUGGAGGGCAUCGGGACCCUGGCGCGGCUGGUGGAGAGCGGCACCCACUUUGGGGAGAUGCUGGCCUUCACUCUCACCGCCUUCCUGGAGCUGAUGGACCAUGGAAUAGUGUCCUGGGACCUCAUCUCUCUGUCUUUCAUCAAACAGAUUGCGGGCUACGUGAACCAGCCGAUGGUGGACGUGUCCAUCCUGCAGCGCUCUCUGGCCAUCCUGGAGAGCAUGGUCCUCAACAGCCACAGCCUCUACCACCGGGUGGCGCAGGAUAUCACUGUUGGACAGCUCAUCGGACACCUGCAAGUAUCCAAUCAGGAGAUCCAGACCUACGCCAUCGCACUCAUCAACGCCCUCUUCCUCAAGGCACCGGAGGAUAGACGGCAGGAAGAGCAUAAUAACCCCCUGGACCAGCGGCUCACUGAGAUGGCGAGCACCCUGGCCCAGAAACACCUGCGAUCCAUCAUCCUCAAUCACGUUAUCCGAGGCAACAGACCAAUCAAAGCCGAGAUGGCGCACCAGCUCUACGUGCUGCAGGUGCUGACCUUUAACCUUCUGGAGGAACGCAUGAUGACCAAGAUGGAUCCCAGCGACCAGGCCCAGAGGGACAUCAUUUUCGAGCUGCGCAGGAUCGCGUUUGACGGGGAGAACGACCCCAGUGGCAUGGAGAAGAGAAAGGCCAUUUACACCAAGGACUACAAGAUGCUGGGCUUCACUAACCAUGUGAACCCUGCCAUGGACUUCACUCAGACCCCUCCAGGGAUGCUGGCCCUGGACAACAUGCUCUACCUGGCCAAGCUGCACCAGGACACCUACAUCAGGAUUGUUCUGGAGAACAGCAGCCGCGAGGACAAACACGAGUGCCCUUUUGGUCGCUGUGCCAUCGAGCUCACCCGUAUGCUGUGUGAGAUACUACAAGUGGGAGAAUUGCCCAACGAGGGCUGCAACGACUACCACCCCAUGUUCUUUACUCAUGACCGAGCGUGGGAGGAGUUUUUCUGCGUUUGCAUCCAACUGCUCAACAAGACCUGGAAGGAGAUGAGGGCUACGGCUGAGGACUUCAACAAGGUGAUGCAGGUGGUUCGGGAGCAGAUCACCCGGGCUCUGGCCAUGAAGCCCUCGUCCCUGGACCAUCUGAAGGGUAAACUGCGAGGCCUCAGCUACUCGGAGAUCCUGCGUCUGCGGCAGUCAGAGAGGAUGAGCCAGGAUGACUUCCAGUCACCACCCAUUAUUGAGCUACGUGAGAGGAUUCAGCCAGAGAUCCUGGAGCUGAUCAAGCAGCAGAGGCUCAACCACCUGUGUGAGGGAAGCUGCUUCCGCAAGCUGGGUAACCGCCGCAGACAAGAGAAGUUCUGGUUCUGCCGCCUGUCUCUGAAUCACAAGGUGCUGCACUAUGGAGAUCUGGACGAGUCUCCCCAGGGGGAAGUGCCUCUUGAGCUGCUCACUGACAAGAUCUCCGUGUCUGAUAUCAAGUCUGUGGUGACGGGGAAGGACUGUCCCCACAUGAAGGAGAAGAGUGCACUGAAACAAAACAAGGAGGUGUUGGAGCUGGCCUUCUCCAUCCUGUAUGAUCCUGAUGAGAACCUCAACUUUGUGGCUCCCAACAAAUAUGAGUACUGUAUCUGGACUGAUGGGCUGUGUGCGUUGCUGGGCCGAGAGAUGGGAAGUGACCUCACCCGCAGCGACCUGGACACGCUCAUCUCCAUGGAGAUGAAGCUCCGCCUCCUGGACCUGGAGAACAUCGCCAUACCCGAAGCCCCUCCCCCUGUGCCAAAAGAGCCCAGCACUUACAACUUCACCUACAACUACGGCUGAGGUUUGUGUGAGUGCGAGAGAGACUGUAUUUGUGUAGGUGUGUGUGGGGCACAAUUGUGUGUGUGCGUUUGUGUGUAAUAAGACAAUGAAACCACUCAUCUCCUAGCCACUUAAUCUUGAACUCAACAUCACUUGUCUGAUGCUCUGAAAUCCAACUGCCCACAAUUAAUCCAGGCAGGCUACGCAACACUAGACGACAAAAUGUGCCAUUGUAUUUUUAAAAAUCACCAUUAUUAUACGAGCUUGAUACGAACCUGAAUGUUAAUAUUUUGUUUCGUAACUCAUCACUUCAUGGCCUUAUCAACUUGUUUUGUUAAAUAAGCUCUGAAUGUUUUGAACAGUUACAGCUGAGCCCCACUAUUGCUUCAUGCAUCGUCAUAACAACAGAACCAGUUUGAACUGACACAUGGGCCAGGGUCUUUUGCAAGGUGUUGUAUUCAAGUCACUCCCCGUGUCCGCUCAUCCUCUAAUUCAGUACUAAUCAAUAUUAUUGAUGUUUGUUAUGCAGAAUAUUAUUAUAUUUUUAUAAACGAUUAUGUGAACUCCGUCUCAGCUUUGAAGAGAAGGAACACUAACUUUCUAGCAACCUACUAAUUUGACUUCAAAAGUAGUGGUUUAGGGCACAAAAGAUUGAGCUAGAUAUUAAACUGACAGAGGUCUCAGAGAAAGCAGUAAGCCAUUUGUAGGCUUAUCACAUGUUUGGCUUCUAUAAUUAUUCUACUUUGUACAGUCAAACUCAGUUGCCAAAUGGUGAUCUGGAUGUGGAGGCAUUUAACACUAAACAAAUGGAGCUUUCACCACGCAAGAACUCUGAAGUCAUAUUCUCUGGAAUUAGUAGGUUAGGAGAUGGCCAAAAUGUCUCAUAACAUGAAUCCUCAAUGGUCAACGUGUCAAAUGUUGGAUAAUAUGUUUUUGUUGUAUCUUGCACUGCUAAUGAAAGUAACAAGAAAUGUGCUCAGUGUAUGCUAUUGGAGUUUGGUUACGCUGUACUUAAAUUAAUAGGAUUCAGUGGUCUUGUAUUGGAAGUUAUUUCAACAAAAAAAAUUAUACCUUUGUAAAAGGGUUCUGGGUCUUGAUAUUUGAUGUCCCAUUGUUCAUAGUACACAAUCAGAAGGGGAUGUUAUGUCAAAGACAUCACUGUCAAAAGUGUGUAGCUGCUUAGAGAAUUCUACAAAAUGCCACAUUGAACAAAGUGGUGUUGCUAAUGGACAAGGAGACUUCUGACUUCUGAAGAGGCUUUAGCAUUUGGUACUCUUUAACAUUACUUGCUAAACCAUGACCGUGUUCAGACUAGUGCUGGUAGUGAAUGACAUGUUGUUAGUCAUGAAAUACAUUUUAAAUAUGGUAUUCAUAUAUAAAUAAUUGUCUGUAUAUAUUGUGUUGCUUUAUUUAAAAAAAUGUAUUUUGUUUUGUGUGAAUAAAUACAACGUUAAACUGG